AUGCAAACCUACAAGCGAGACUUAGACAUGAAAAGACGAAAGAAAUGUAGUAGAGAUAGACAAGAAUCAGUUGUCGACGAGAGCAAUGAAACGAUAUUCAUUCUAUCCCAGCCACUUACUUUUCGGCUAUUCUAUCCACCACGAGGACUUCCAGGAUUAGGAGACGAGCACCCCUCCAUAGCUAAGGAUCUGGAAGAACAACGCCUUCUCCACACUCAAGCCAACAUCGCUCGCAUAACACCCGAUCUCGGACUACAACACAGGACAACGCCGACUCUGCUCGAUCAUCACCUCCAGAGACAGCAAGGACAUAUGUUGCAAGGAGAGAUAUCGAUGACGUCAGGAAAGACUUCAACGUGGAAGGAAAGACCAUCCAACCAACAAUUCCGGACCGAGAGAGAUUACCGCAGCCCUCGCUCGCCAGAUGCCACUAGAUAA